GACUGCCCCCCCCCCACGGGACUGUUGGGUGCCGACUUGUAUGGGGACCGAUUAAAUUAAUGAUCAUGCAUCGGGACCACAAGUACCUGGAAACGUAGCUUCGUCCAGGGACCAGUAAUACCCAGGAGUGACAGUGUUGCGGUUUUUGUCCUGGGGGCUGAAAGCACUUUACAAAGGUUGAUAAGGAUGCUUUGGAUACUCAAAUCAAUGAUAAGAAGAUUCAAGAGGCAAAUGAGAAAGCACGACAUGAGACAAUUGACAUACAAAAAUAAAUAGGAUAUACUUUCUAUUUCACCUUUGAAACAAUAUCUAUCAUCACUUGAGGGGGAAAAGAUUUUUUUUCCACACUGGCUGGUGAAAUGAAGCAAAAUGACAAGAUCAUCUGUAUGUUAGAAGAACGACAGAAAGAGGACAUCAAAAACCUAAACAAAGCUGUCACUGAGUUUCAACAGAAUUUUCAGAAGCCAGAAACUCGGCGUGAGUUUGAUUUGUCUGACCCACAGGCCCUGAAGAAGGAUACUCCUGCUCGCCUCUCUGAUAAUGACCCUCGAUGUACUAUAUCUGGCUUGCAGAAGUUUCUAGGAGAAGAUUUAAACCAUGAUCGGAGGGUGAAAUUUCAAAAGGAGCAGUCAAGAGAAUGGUCUCUACAGCAACAGAGAGACUGGAAGAAUGCAUUAGCAGACCAGAAAUUUGCAGAGGAUCUCCAUGACAAGAACAGGAUAGACCUAGAUCAAAAGGCUAUGGAGCUACAAAGAAAAGACGUAGAAACCAGACAAGCUGUUUGUGCAGCUACCAAGGAUUUUAAUAGAACCCAGGUUGCAGAAUUUGCAGAAAGAAAAAUGCUAGAAAAGCGUCAGGAAGAAGAAGAUAAUGUGGCUGAAAUUUCCAACCUCCUUCGAGGAGACUUGCUUUCUGAAAACCCAGAACAAGCAGCCAGUUCGUUUGGGCGACAUCGUGUGAUUACUGAUCGAUGGAAAGGAAUGAACCAGGAUCAGUUGAUGGCAAUACGUUACACUCAACAGCAACAAGUUCUGGAGAAACUGAGGCUGCAGGAGGAAGAACGGCAAAGAAAUGCAGAGUGGGACAGGCAACGUAUACAGGCCGCCAGAGCACAACUUCUUUUUGAGCGGCAUCAACAGCGACUAAAUCGAGAACUUCGCAGAACUCUGGAUAAUGCUAAUGCACAACUCUCCCAGGAGCAGAAAUCAAAAAAAAUUUAUCUUCAGGAGGAAGUGUAUUCAAAUUUUCCAACAGGCCAAUAUUUUACACAGUUUAAUACAACUAGCCGGUGACCUAUGAGACACAUCCACUCUCUGAAAUAUAAAUUUAUGUAAGGUUUAUAGAAAUAAAGUUUGAUUAACUUUCA